CGUUCCGCGCGCCAUCUUGUCGCCACAACCAGCGUAGCUGAACGCUUAGCGUGCGUCUUCUAACAUCACGGAGAAUUGGUCAAAACGAUCCAAAAUCCAAUUCGAAUGAAUUAAGAGACGUCGGUCCGCCAAUCGCGUACCUCGUCGAAGGCGUUGCCGUAAUAUUUGUUAAGGUCAACGGUUUUUUUUCUUUCGUUUUGUAAUUUAAUGGCGUUGUGAAGGAACUGCCAUGGCGGUUAGUCAGCAGCAACAACAGCAGCAGGCCGUGAGCAAACCGGCCGGCGGGAAACACGGCAACGUUUUGCCGUUAUGGGGCAACGAGAAGACUAUGAACCUCAACCCGAUGAUCCUAACAAACGUCCUGUCUUCGCCCUACUUCAAGGUCCAGCUGUACGAGCUUAAAACGUACCACGAGGUGGUGGACGAGAUAUACUUCAAGGUCAACCAUAUGGAGCCAUGGGAAAAAGGCAGCAGGAAGACUGCGGGGCAGACAGGAAUGUGCGGAGGGGUUCGAGGAGUCGGGACAGGUGGGAUUGUGUCCACUGCGUAUUGCUUGCUGUAUAAGCUAUUUACACUGAAACUGACCCGCAAACAAGUGAUGGGUCUCAUCACUCACACAGAUUCACCCUAUAUCAGGUCACUGGGCUUCAUGUACAUCAGGUAUACACAGCCUCCUCCUGACUUGGUUGACUGGUAUGAUGAGUUCCUUGACGACGAGGAGGAAGUUGACGUGAAGGCUGGAGGAGGGUGCGUAAUGACGAUUGGAGAGAUGCUCCGCUCCUUCCUGACCAAGCUGGAAUGGUUCUCAACGUUAUUUCCACGAAUACCUGUUCCUGUGCAGAAAGCCAUCGACCAGCACAUGAAGAACCGACCACGUAAACCCCCGCAAAAAGAGGAGCAGGAUGAAGAGGAGGCAGCCGAUUCAGGAAGGCAUGGAGAUAGGCGCCGUUCCAGGACACCUAGGAAAAGUCAGAGUCCCAGGAAAUCCCAAAAUCGUUCCCGGAGUCGCAGCCAUCACAGAGAAAAGCAUGGCGCCAGCUUUGAUUGUGAGCUGGAGAGAGAACGAGACCGGCAGCGAAAAGAACGGGAAGGAAAGGACAGGGAUAGAGACAGGGAGAGGGACAGGGACAGGGAGAGAGACAGAGAUAGACGACGCUCCAGAACACCAGACCGAACCACAGAACGUCGACGCAGUCGCAGCAGGGAACCACGCCGGAGUCACAGCACCAGUAGAGAGAAGCGGAACGAGAGGAAAGAAAGAGAUAAAGAGAGGGAGGCAGAGAGUGAGAAAGAGCGUAGCCGCAGGAAAGACAGAGAGCACCAUAAAGAUCGAGAGAGGUCAAAAGACAAGAGGAGUAAAGGAGAGGGGGAAGAGAGGAGGCACAAGGAAGAUAAGGAGGAUAGAAAGCACAGGGAAGAAAAAAGGAGCAAACGCUCAAGGAGCAAAAGCAGAGACAGGAAAAACAAAACUGAACGAUCUAGCAAGAAACGCUCUCGCUCGAGCAGCAGGAGCAGGCAGGAAGCAGGGGAGGAGAGGAACAGGAAACAGGAACACAGCCAUAGUAAGGAACGCUCACACAAGCGCAGUCGCAGCAAAGAGCGCUCACACCGUCGAGAAUCCAGCAAUGGACGAGAACAUGUAAAACAAGAGCAUCCAAGUCCAGAACCAGGAGAAAGAACAAACAGUGUUCUAGCGGAUUCUCCCUGAUCCAAGUCUGUCUCUAUCUCCCUCUCCUCCCCUCUUUCAAAUUCCCUCUUUACCAGUUCCUCUCUUAUAACUUCAUAUCUUUAUCUGUAAUCCUCUUGUGCACCACUUGUGUUAAAGUAUUUGGAAAAACCUGGAUUUUUUUCUGCACUGUUAAUUGCCACUUGUGUAGACAUCAAUAAAAUUAUUUUUCUCUCAGUUGUCCAUUACAGAUGUCUAAACUGAAAAUGACAUUUUAAAAUCCUUUUUUUAAAAAUCCCCUUUCUCCCCCAAUUUGUUUUCUGGAUUUUCACAAAUGGCUUUGUACAUAGAGCUCAGAGAAUGUUUUAAAUUUCAACAGAGCUACCACAGAGUUGGGUUUGUGGCACAGGACGCUGAAAUCUGUGCUGACAUUGUGCUGUUUCAUUGCUCUGUUGCAUCUCAUUUUCUAAUAAAAUUCUUGUAUGGCAAAAA